UCAGGAACCUAGGCUCUGCUCUCUUCAACAUGAGGACAGCACAGUACAUAGCCAUCUUCGUGCUCCUGGCUCUGGUCUGCCCAAUCCAGGUGCAGACCGCUCCUGUGCCUGAGGAUUGGACAGGGACAGGCCUGAUCACCCGAGCCAAGCGCUCUCUCCUGUGGCGAUGGAAUACUCUGAAGCCUGUUGGCGCCAGCUGCAGAGAGCACAAUGAGUGUGGGACCAACUACUGCAGGAAAAAAACGUGUUCUUUCCAGAUUUUUACCUCUUGAACUGAAAUAUGAUCUCUGCUAUAAGUCUGGACAAAGCCAGAACAACGAUCAAUGGAAAAGCAACAAUCAACGGAGCCUGUCAAUGGAAUGCCAAACUGUACCAACUGAUGUCACAGGACUUCAGUUGGCUCACCAAAUACUCCCAAAUAUUUGGUAAAAACAGCUAACCAAAUCAUUUGAACUGCCCCGAUAACCCCUUCCUAACUGAAACAAAUGUACCAGGUACAGUCUAACAGUAAAUAAGCUGCAAAUGUUGUAAAGUUAUAUGAACCCUGUCUCAGUAUGUAUUAUCAGAUAAUAGCAUUCCCAUUGGAUACUUCAUCUAUCCAAUCAACAAAUGUUUUAAAACAAAAUACAGACAAUGCACUCAA